AUGUCGAGUGGGUUUAAAGAUACCGCUGGAAGAGAGGUUGCGGAGGAUGGAGUGCAGUACGAGGACCCGAAGACAGAUCACGGUGACAAAGGACGACAGCGUGCGCGCGGGCAUCACGGUCAAGUCGCUCAGUCGCAUCGAGCCUGCCGCAGCACGGCGGCGCGGCUUGGGCCGCGCGUCCUCGGCAAGUACAUCACGGCGAGCGUUGUUGGCGUCGCGCUGCUGCUAAUGGGGGUUGGGCCCUGGGCGGCGAUCCCGCUGGCGAUCGAGAAGACGGGGGUUACCAAGGAGGCGGUUGAUGGGUGGGAGAUCAACAAGGCGUUCGGCAGCUAGUGCGUGUUAUGCGUCGAGGGAGUAGUUGGGGAAGGGGCGGUGUAUGAUUAUAGGGGGAUUAGUUGGCUGGCUGGCUGGCUCGCGGGAUGGGACGGGUCGAAGGGAAUGGGACGGUGCGCUGUAUCACAAUAAACGAGAUGAAUGAGUUUCUGGAGCUGGCGGCGCUCAAUAAUCACCCAUCGGCUUCCCCGUUGCCCUGCAUGUACUACGACCCGUACCACUCCUCCGCCUACGGCUGGCUGUGUAAGCCACUCUUGGGAUCACUGGGCCGUGUAGGCAACUACUGUGUGGUCCAGGUUGUUGAAAAGAGGAGAGCAAGCACACUAUCGAGCGCCGCACCAUUAUGGCCAUGGGUAGGCUGGGCUGGAAGGCGUCUAUUUGCCUCUGUGGCAGGACUAGGCAAAUACUGGAAAAGCGGAC